GCAGCACCAGCGGUCCCCUCCACCACUGCGGCUUCAGACUAUUUUUGACCACCGGUUGAGUGUCGUCGCCUUUCUAAUCCUGUUGAAUCAUUUGUAUAUAGAAUGGCUGGGUUGUGGUGUGAAAACAACAGUUGGUACAAAAACCAGUGGUUAAGCGGACUAGAGUGAUUGGUGCCACAAACUGGAUUAUAAGUGCCACAAGCUGGUUAAUAAGUGCCACAAGCUGGUUAAUCAGUACCACAAACCACUCCAUCGGCUUCCACACACAUACCAUUGACUGGAGAGCCGUAUUACUUGAUUUCGGCGCAAUUGGAAGUCAAAAAGAGGGUGACGAUCGUGGCUGAGGAGAAGAGUAAGUACAUCUGCUGGUCAAGGCCUCGCCUCAGGCACCUGCUGCACAUCCGGCCCUUCCUCAGAGCCAUCAUACACAACCUCGUAGGUAAGGACAUCACGACGAAGCUGUACUCGCUGAACGAGCAGCUGGGGGUGGGCGCCAACGGGGCGGAGAGCGUGCGCGGGCUCGGGGCGCAGGACGUGUGGCGGGGCGCCGUGCAGCGGUCCAUGAGCGUGGACAACGUCCACACCGGCACCAAGGGCUUCGUCAGGUCCCUCGCCUGGCGCACCUCCAACAGGAGGACCUCCACUACCUACUGUGAGAGCGUCAGAUCUUCACCUGGUCGUUCCCGUGGGUCUCACGCCUCGGACCCGGUCCUCAAAGAUGGCGAAGCAGCCCCGUGGGGAAUGUCAGGUCAACACGCCUCCACUAGCCACCACUACAAUGCCCCACACUCUCCACAUGGCCUCGAGUCGCCUUUAAUAGCAGCAGAUACCAGUAGUGCGGUAGCGUUGGUGGGCGUCGCCUCGGGUAGCAGCGGCAAGCGCACCUCCCGGGAGAACGUGGUGAGGUUCCAUGGUGUGCCGGAUUCGUGAGGCUCUGGGUCAGUACGUCACACUACGCGUGACGUCGUGCAACCUCGGCUGCAGCACCAGGGACCUUUGACCUGCCCCCACCACCACCACCACCACCACACACCCUCCGCCAUGUGCCUCGCCGUCUGCCCCUCCACCUGGGGUGCCCUCGUCAUGCCUCGUGCGUCUGUGCUGCUCUUACAAGGACCCAACAUGUCCUUCUUUUUGCCUGCAUCUUCUGCCAUGUCCUUGUGAUCAAUAAGGAGACGACACAUCUUCCGUCUGAGCCUUCUGUCCUGUUGUCAUUAUCAAGGUGACAACUUGUUCUCCGUCUUUGUCCCCUUGCUACAGGGACCACCAAAAACGUCCUUCUCUCUGCCUGCGCCUUUUGUCGUGCCAUCGCGACCAGCACAACAACAUCUUGUCCUUCGACUGUGCACCUUCUGGUGUGGUUGAGGGAGGGAUGGUGCCCUUCCUGCCUACCCGGCCAGUCAUUCAAAUGUGUUGGCUCUCAAAAUGUGCUGUUACCAACCUUCAAUUUCACACUCAGGUUCUAAUAUGCCUCUUUUUACCCCCCCCCCCCCUCCCCCCAUUCGCCCACCAAAAACUUGUCUGACCUGCACCACAUCCAGCAAGCUAUUGUCGGGACUCAAGGUUCCAGCCCCGCCGAAAGGUAGAAUUUCUUCAGCAAAACUUGUGUCCCUGCUGAGGCAUAAGGCCUCAGCGAUGGUUGCUGCCAACCCCUCCAGUGUAAUGUACCACCCUCCCCCAAUUCCUCUCCAUCUCUGCCAGCCACUGCCUCCCCCUCUCCCUUAACCCUUCCCUCCCCCACAAAUGACCCAUACGAGCCCCACCAUUUCCCAAGCCUCCCAACUCUGGCUGGCUGUGUCAGGAUUGACAGCAAUCAGAUCCUGUGAUGCCCGUCUUUCCUCUUCGCCAUGCAGACCACUGAGGUUGAUGCUGCCACAUCCCCACCGGACCUUGUGGUUGUUGUCAUAGAUUCAGUCACUCUGAACAAGUUCCAAGUAGCACGGGCUAUGGUGAGCCCGUAGUGGAAUUACCUGGCACAGGAGCGGUACACCUUGUGGAUGACCUGCUGCUUAUAUACAAGGCUUGUCAUAGUUACCUUGUGCAUUAUAGAACACGGAACCCAACCACUUAGUGACAUGAAUGAGUGAUUAUCCUUACUUCCAGAACCUGUUCAGCAGUAAAGGGGGGAGACUUUACGAUAAUGAUGAUGAUGUGCUUGUGUCAGAUGUGGGCCUGAGGUUGGGCAGACCUAUUGACCCACGUGAACCACGUGAACACAUACUCUUGUCCAGUGUGGGGUCUGCCCGUGUUCUGUACACAAACAAUAACCUGCAGCAACCUUUCACAUACUUUGGAAGAAAAUAUAAAUAGAAAGAAUACUCAUCUUUUAUAAGUUAAGAUCAUUCACGUUUAGCAAGUAUACGUAUUAUCAUAGAACAGAUUCUCAUUUUCUGCUCAUUGGGGUGGAAGAUAGAUGUAAUUGGCCAGAUGUUUGCUCAGCUCCAGUAUAUCAAAUAGAAACAAACUGAAAAUAUAAUGCAGAAAAUUCCCUUACAAAUCCUGUAUAUGUUUUUAUAUACAUCUGUAAAUAGGUGCUAUAUGUAACAAGUGUGUCCUUCGUGCCCUCAGAGAAGUGUACAAGAGAUCCAGAGCGACAGCUGUGACAAGAAAGAGAUCCAGGUGUCUGAUUUACGAAGCAGUUACGCAAGCACUUAACGAACGUGUACAUCUUUCCUUAAUCUUUGACGUCUUUGGUUACAUUUAUUAAACAGUUUACAAGCAUGAAAACUUGCC